UACGUUCGUAGGUUGAAGAUGGUCGUUUUCGAACGGUCAAUUUACCAACGUAAAAAAACGACAUAUGCGUUCAAUUUCGUGUAAUUUGGUUUCGGGCUCGAUCUUCAAAUAGUUUUUACUCAAUUAUAGUGUGAAUUACACCUAUUACCGACGGUGAAUACGUUUAAAUUGGCUUUCGCUUACUUUCGAUUAACGUUAUUAACUUUUUUAACUGUCGUAUCGGGAUCGCGGCGUGCGACAUCGAUCUUUUGGUGAUUUGGUGUUAACCCCAAGGAUGUUACAGUGACUCAAGGAUCCUAAAGUGUUACUAGUGCUACCUUAACUGAAUCAACACUACUCCGAAGUCUGCCCACCAGGAUAAUCUCAUAGUGAAGUAAUUUCAACAAUUUUUGGAGACCUGUCAUCAGUUCUGCUUGGACAAUCAACAUCAGGUCUACAGUUACUUCGACGCCUCUUCUUUGAAGUGAUACUGCAAAGCCUUUUCCCCAAAAACUUCAUACUCUCGCCAACGGAUUUGAGCUAGUUGGAGCAGCAGUUUAACGAGUGAUAUCAAGUGUCCUGUUGUCAAUAAGGUGAACACACUACAAAACAAAGUGAUUUUAAUGCCGUAUGGAAGUCGCUUGAAGACACCAGAAAUUAUUGACAAGUUGUAUUGUACCUAGAUGAGGCUAUAUUGAAGUGAAUUUGUGUCAAGAAAUGCGAGAGGCAUUGAUCAUAAGCAUUACUGAAAUAAGAUAGUAACAGUGAAGUUGCAAAAAUUGUGAUUGGCAGAUAAUCUUCGGUGAUUUCAAUGCUCUUGGAUUAACAACCUGUUGUCUUUGGAACUACCUGAACCUGUCGUGUAAAGUUGUAGACUGAUCCUACAGAACAUUUGUUUUUUGUUACCUCUGAAGGAUGCAGUGACUCUUUGAUGGACUGUUUGUGAGCUGGUGACUUUUAAGUGUAACCGAGGCAACUUGAUGUUGUAUCCGCAAGCUGUCCUCAACGUCAGACCGCAGAGCCACAGAGCUUGGUGCUAUCCUCAGUGACGUGGUGCUAUCACAGUGACUUCAAAACGUCCCCAAAUUUUAGCAAAGUGGAUAACAAACCAUUCACGACGUUGAACUUCACGGAUCUGGGUUCCCCAUUUGGGGGCCCAAAUGAAGACCCUCCCGGCACUCCCACGAUGGCGGGUGAGGGGCACAUCGGACCUCCAACCCCCCAUGAAUCCAACACCUCGACGCCGGUGUCCAAAAGUGCUUUCAUCGAGUUGCAGCAACAUGGAUACGGCCCCUUAAGGACAUCCUAUCAACACCACUUCAAUUCUCCGGCGGGAAAUGCACAUUCGGGCCCCGCGGGGGGUCACGAUGGAGGGUUUCCGAGCCCCAGGGGAGCGUUAGGUGCAUACCCCUUUCCUACGAUGCAGCAACACUCGUACACAGGAUAUCAUCUGGGAUCAUACGCGUCAAAUUGCCCACCCUCGCCUAAAGAUGAUGACAAAUGCCUGUCGCUGGAACGACCAACGGGUGGCGGCAAGGGGAAGAAGAUGAGGAAACCUCGUACGAUCUACUCUAGCCUUCAGCUGCAACAGCUGAACAGGCGAUUCCAAAGAACGCAGUACCUGGCUCUGCCCGAAAGGGCAGAACUCGCCGCGAGCCUUGGUCUGACACAAACUCAGGUGUUUUCCGGACUAAAGUGGUGAAUCAACUGGGUAUCAUCUGCAUGAGCAGAU